GUCAUCAGUUUGGCAUUAUGGUGGAGAUCUGAUGGUAGAAAUAUUGCUCUCAUUCCGGUGUGCCUGGCGAUAGCUAACAUGUGUAUUGCAAUCGACGUUUUCAUGCAUGCGUACCUUUUAUAUGCUUUUAUGGGGGCGGACUGACCAUUUGGAAACUCGGGCACUGCCCGAGGGCCCGGGGUCAGUAGGGGGCCCCAUGAGAUGCCCUUGGUACCUUUUUCAUAGGCUUUUUUGAGUUUGGGCAAGGACACAGGGGCCCCAUGAUCCCCUAUUGCCCAGGGGCCCCAUGA